AUGAAUGCGGGCCCCUUCACAAUCUACUACCUAGGCCAUCCACCACCUGAUCUGAAAACCGGCGAGGAACUGGAUAGCUGGGCGAAGAGGACAGCCGAGAUUCCGAAUAUGACCGCCACGGCUGGGUUAUUGGAGUUGUAUCAUGUCCAUGGGAGUGAGGGUGGUGAGGGGGGUGGGGAUAGCAAUGGUAUAUCGACUGGGAAUGUACCUCCACACCUUGGUUUUGCGCAUUUGGGCUUUACGGUGCCUGAUAUUCCUGCUGCCGUGGCGAGGUUGAGAGAGGCUGGUGUGACGAUCUUGAAGGAUGUGGGUGUUUCUUCUAGAGAGACGGUGCCGCUUUCGGAGUGGGAGGAGAGGAGGGGGUUGGGUGUGGUGCGAUUCAUGAGAAUUAUGCGUGGUUCUUUGAAAAGUUUGCUAUGGUUGCUGAUCCGGAUGGGUAUACGGUUGAGUUGA